UCUACCAGCUUUCGAAUUCUUGGUAUUUAAUCUUCGCUCGUGACUCUACCAUCAUCGAGUCCUUAUAUGUGACACAAAUACCAAAAAACGCCCAAUAUUCGUUAAAUUCGACGUCAUUUCAAUGAACAUAAAUUCCUUAAUCAAGUUUAAUAUGCUUUGAUUAAAGAUUCACAAAUAAAAACUGAUAGUUGUGCUUCUGUAUUCGUGUAGUGAUGUAGAAACAGUUAUAGUGCGCUUAAAAAUUGUGAUGUAAUGCUGAGAUAAACAGAAAAUUUUAAAAUCGCGUUACUUAAAAACAAAACAAUAUCAAUUGGUAUACGUCAACAAUGCCAACAGUUUUUCACGCUUUUUCUAAAACAUAAUACAAUAGCUUGUAGUUGUUAUGUCGUAAGGUGCACUGUGUAUUUAGUUCUGUUCUGAUUCUUUAAAAAUUGACAAUGAGUGAGAGUGAUAAAAAAAAGAAACACGACAGGCAGAAAAGGGGACUUAAAGUGUUCUUCUUUCCUCGGGCACAUGGGCAGAAGCACAAGCACAAGAAGAACAAGUACUACGUCAGUCAUGACGACAGAUCUCGUACAGGGUCGAUAAUGUCCUCGGGCGACAGUCCCGCUCACCACAAUCGAACAGUGGAAGCGUUCGAUUUCAAUCCAGACCGUAUAGAUCCGCCCAAACCGUAUCUGCUGGAAGCUAAGUCACUCCCACAGGAGGCGGGAGGGGGGCGGGGUUCGCCGGUGGCCACGACCAGCCGGGACGUGGCCGUGCAGAGUGGGAAGGGCGAGGAUAAGGCCAAGGGGGAGGUGCAAGCGUCCGUAUUGGUCGAGCCUGGCGGAGGGCGUGACAAAGAUAAAGAAGAGGAGGGAGAGGAGAAGUUUUUCGGGUCGCCGACGCUGAACAACGAGGAGGAGGAUAGGAAUAGGGAUAAGGACGACGAGAGGAGGUUGAGGGAUAAUGGAGACGGUGGUUAUGGAGGAAAAGACAGAAGAAAAGACGACAAGUUUCGGAAAAACGGCAACAUCGACAAGCUGGAUGGCGUGUGGAUACCCAAGGACAAGAAGCCUCAGAACGAAUCCGAAGACGACAACUGUAUCGUGAAGUGCCUCUACGUCACCAUGACGUGUUGUGAAUGCUCCAUAAUGUGAUCUAGAUCCUCCCUAAACGUUUCAUUCCUUGUAGUACAGUGAGUUUCAGAAUUUCGCCAAAAUUUUCCAGAUAAAAUAUAGAAAUAGGUAUUUUUAUAUUUCUAUGUAUAAAUAUAAGACAUCUUUUAUAAACGUAAGUCUUUUAUAUGAUGUAUAUUUUUUACAAUUUUUUUUUGUUUUAUUUUUAUUUGGGGUGUGCUUGCUCUAAAAUUACUCAUAAAAAAGGAUAUUAUAUUUGAAAGCUUGUCCUGUAUAAUAUUCCUAAAAUGAUUUAGAUUUUCAAGGUAAAAUAGAAAUAUAUUGAUUUUUUUAUUUAUUUUAUCUUGUGGUUUAUUAUAGAUUAGAAAAACAGCCUUUAAACGUUCUAUUCGACGUAUUUAUUAUACAGGGCGAUACAGUGUUACAAAAAAGCUCCAUAUGCAGGCAGUACUAGAGCACAUUUUAAAUUAAACAAAUAAAAAACUAUAAGUUAAGUUUAAAAAUAUAUUUGCGUCACCCUAUAUAUUUUUGAAAAUAUUUUUAAAUGUGCUUUUAUUUUAUAGCCCGCUUUUUUUAGUAAAAUAGAUUGAAACUUUGUUUUUUUUUUCAGAACACUGGGUAGCCCUGUAUAUGAUUUUUUUAUAAAUUUUAUCUUUUUUUGUUUUAUAUACAGGGUGUCGACGCUUAAUAUAUUUCAACUGUUACUCGUGCACUUCAGGAUACUAUACCCUGAUUUAUUAUUAAAAUAUGUCUUAUGAGUGAGACACCCUGUAGAUACAUUAUUGGCUAUUUUAAUGUAAUACCGUUAAGCAGUGUUGAGUAUAGAAGAAAAAUAUCUAUCAUGUUGCAAUAAAAUGCAUCUCAAAUGUUUACCCUCUGUAUACAGGGCGUAUUAGAAGUCUUCUUUAGCGAAAUCCUGUACAUGAUAUAAGACAUUAUUCAUAUCAACUUGAAUCUCGCUUUUUUACCUAUUUUUUUCCUAAAACUUAUAGAGUAAUUUUAAUAUACAAAAAUGUAUCGUGUUUGUAUACGUUGUAUUUUGAAUACUAUGGAGAAAAAUCUGAUUUUUUUGUAGGUUUUAGUAAAUUAUUUCUUUUUUUUUGAUGUAUAGAAUCAAAUUAAUUUUUAGUGUGUAAUUGAAUACGGGGAAGGUUUACAAAGUGCCUUUGCUGUUGUGGUUAGAAAAAAAUAUACUGUAUUUUACUUAAUAUUACUUACAGUAUUAUUUAAAGUAAACUGAUUUAAAUAUA